GGUACUUCGAUAAUACGCAGCAAGAUAUUUACGAAACAAUACCUCACGUGAUUCAUUAUUACAACCUUGGAAUAGACGGAUAGCACACCCACCUCUAGGCAAGCCACAAGUUACCGUAUGCCGGGUUACAGUACAUGACCAUACCAAGUAGCCCCCUUUCCAGACUGUCCAGACUCCCUUCCCAAUAAUCCCUCCAACCAUCACCACCACCAACCAACCACCAACCGCUCCUAUUACUGCUGGCGUUGAACCGCCUCCGCUUGUCUUCUUCCUCCUCCUCCAUCCUUCUCCUCCUUGACCCUUUGCUACCUCUGUUGCUCUUCAUAUCCUGUGGUGUCUUCCGCGUCUGCCCCGUUGCAAACAGUAUCAUUCUCGAGUCCGUUGAGCUGGUUCCUUGCCCUGACUCUUUCCCCCUUCGCCAAUUCGCUUGUGCCAGCCAGGGUUAGACCUGUCCUCUCACCCCGUUUUUUCGGCCUUUCUACCCCCAAAUUUGGACUAUUCCUCCUUGGGCUGCUUGCUCUCUAUCCCAACCUUGGCUCGCUCUGUCUGUCGCAAGGGCCUCCUCCGGCCCGCCGUCCCCUCGUCCGACUCUGUCUCACUUCGUUCAUCUGCCGCUUGGAACACUCGUGGAGCUUUAUCGAUCACCUUGGGGGUCUGUUGGGAUAGCCCUUGAAUGAUCUUUACGAUACACUGCUGCUGUGAACGGUGUUCUCCUUAGCCCGAAGACGCGAGUUUACGGAAACUUCGCCCGCUGGAAUUCUCCGCUCUUUGAUCGAUACAGCCAGUUUAUAUAGGUUCAAUUCCUGGCGUGUUUUGCUAGCAUUGACAGCUCAAGGCUGACUGGGAAGGCGACCACGGAGCUGUCUAUUUCGUGGAUAUAUUUUGCGACCCAUUCGUCGAGCUGAAUGAAGCUAGUCUUCAUUGUUCGCUAUCUUCAUAAAGCAAGCAAGUCUACAAUUCUGGUCGCAUAGGCUCAGGAACAAAAAAGGCCAGAAGUCUUUUUCUUGUCAGUCUUUUGAUUUGGGUUACAAGUGUCGUAGUUUUUAACUAUCACGUUCUUGUUUGGGUCUCUCCCGGCGUGUUGAAAACGACGUAUAUUGAUAGCCCCGAUUCUUCUUGGCAUUCCAGAUAUCAACACCACCUCCUCCUUCCUCACGCCAGAAUUAUCUAUCGCGAACCUAUCCAUGACCGCUUCAUCCAACGGCCCAGGGUCCAACUCUGCCUUGCCAGUUCCUAACGAUGCAAGUUCAAAAAACCUAUCGUCAAAUGAUCAUUCCAUCGGCGAUGCCCCUCUAGAGCGACAUACAUCGCAUACGAACUCGGCGCAAGGUUCAUCUGGCGAUACUGAGCGCCCAAAGAAAAAGCGAUCCUUUCUUCGCGUCCCAUCGCGGUCAUCUUCCAAUGCAAAACAACGGGGACAACCCGCUGCUCCUGACUGGCCACAAGAUGGAACUGAAAGCAAUGCUGGAAGUAAAAAACGGGCUGGAAGCUUGGCAAGCAGUAAGCGGUCCAGGCGCACCGACGCACCUAUGGCCACAGACACCAACAAUGUGUCCACGCCCGAUACAGAUGAUCAGCCUAAAGAAAGAAUGGCAAAGGGGCCCUCGAAGCUGUUUUCUUUCCUCAGUUGCUGUGGCGGCACGUCGAACGACGAUCAGGAAGAACCUGAAAUACCCCCCAAAAAAUCUGUAAAAACACAGUCGUCCCGUGGCAGGCAGCCAACGCCAGCCGAGAAGACAGAACCCAGCGCUGCAGGUUCGAGCACCGCCGAUUCCAGAGAACCCGCCUCUUCUGACGAAAAGGCUGCGUUAAAGACAAGUGCGGACCGGAGGGAGCCUAACACUGAUAACGGCCUGGCCGGAGUCACAGGAGAAUCUGGGUUGGAUAGCGUGGUUAAAAUGGAUAUUGAUAAAGAUUCAAAGCCUCCAGCACCGCCUUCGGGCUCUAAGACUUAUACAAGCCGAGAUUCGGAUUUACCACCAAUUCCUGCGUCAGAGCAAGUGACCUCUUCAAACACAACCAGCGUUCCCCUUGAGAAGCAACCAGCCACGGACGCCGUCCCGAAGCAGCCCAAUGGUGAUCACGAUGCUGCCAUGCAAGAUGCGCAGUCCGCGGAUAGCUACAUAGAAGAAGACGUGGAUACUCCAUCCAAUGACGAAACCGCGCAGCGAUCGAUGGAGAUUCCACCUCCACCUCCAUUAGCUCGCCAUGCUGAAUCGACAAACAAGUAUAUCCCGCCCGCUCCACCCGUUCAACCAGAGAAGCAGCAGUGGUUAUUACCUCCCAUUGAGCCCCACCUUCAGAGCCGCAAAUGCCUUGUCCUCGACCUUGAUGAAACCCUUGUCCACAGCAGCUUCAAAGUCCUUGAAAAAGCAGAUUUCACCAUCCCAGUGGAAAUCGAGGGUCAAUAUCAUAAUAUCUAUGUAAUCAAACGUCCCGGCGUUGAUCAGUUUAUGAAGCGAGUAGGAGAGCUCUAUGAAGUCGUCGUUUUUACAGCAUCAGUAUCCAAGUAUGGUGAUCCUCUAUUAGAUCAGCUAGAUAUCCAUAAAGUGAUACACCAUCGGUUAUUUAGAGACAGCUGUUAUAAUCAUCAGGGAAACUAUGUAAAGGACCUUUCUCAAGUUGGCCGCGACCUCCGAGAUACCAUUAUCAUCGACAAUUCUCCAACGUCUUACAUUUUCCACCCUCAGCAUGCCAUUCCUAUUAGUAGCUGGUUCUCGGACGCCCACGAUAAUGAACUAUUAGAUCUUAUUCCUGUCCUCGAGGAUUUGGCCGGUUCGCAAGUUCGGGAUGUAAGCCUGGUUUUGAAUGUUGCGUUAUAGCGACCGCGUGGACGUGGACUUGACUUCUUGACUGUUCGCUAUCUAUGCCACGGCUUGCCGGGCGCCUUUUCCCAGCCGCUCGUCCUACCCCGUCGAGUAUCAAGAGAUAUCUUUACUCUCGCCACGAAAACUGGUCACAUCAAGCACUGUGAUCAUUAUUGCUCGGGCUGUUCUACUGCUCAUCUCAACUUGCCAAGGAUACCUCUGAACAUGGCAGAAUUGAGAACCCACCACCAAAAUGCUUCAGCACGACCACCACAACCAAAGGGAGAGUGGGCUAUAAGAUGCUUCUCUAGUUUACAUGGAACCGGUUGAGCCAUGCUCUAUCAGGCUGACUUUUCCGUCGAGACUGGUGUCUUUUAUUCCUCCCCUUGUCCUUUUUUUUUUUUGCAAUUAAUCUCCCUUCCACUGCCUCCAUUUAUACCCCACCGAUUGCGAACCCUUGAACGGGCCCAUAUAUUUCCUCCAAGUGAGCGUUUCAUUUCUCUUCGAGCAUUUCCUUGCCGUUGCAUCAACUAGGCGUUUUGUCUGCUCCCGAUCUGCAGACCAUAAAAGACAAAAAAGUGACCUUGCUGGGCACAUGUGUCCAUUCUCAUCCUUAUGUACCCUAUCCACACAACACAAAACACAAAACACAAAACACACUGCAAACCAUGCAUCCAUCUCCUUUGUUAUUUUCCCUCUGUUAUCAUUCCUUUUGUCACUCUAUUUUCUAUGAUCUAGUCCUCCUGUCAUAUUUGUUUUACUCCCCUUUGUUUCCGUAACCUGAAGAAGCGAAUUUUGUUUUCUUUUGAAAGAUAUCACACAAGUGAAGCAACUGAUUUGCGGGUCCUUAUUUGUCCUUACCACUUCCUCUUCCUGGUUCCCUCUAAUAUUCUUUGCUUGUUCAUUCUGAUUUUCCGUUUCCUCUUUAUUUAACUUCUAUUACUAUUACUCUAUUGUUUAUUGCCACUGGCAGUGCCAAAUUCUGCUGUUACAUUAUUCCUGCGCCUUCUUUUCUCCUAUUUCCCUUUUCUGGAUAAUCUGAUUCUCUCCUUUUCCUCGCUGUCUGUUUUGUAAGGCAACAACAACUUGUCCCCUGUUUUUCACCUUUCUCUGCGUCAUGAUUUCUCUGGUGAAAACCAAAGGGAUUAAAAUUCAAUCUGUCUGUUCACUUUUUCGAAAGACUCAACCCCCCCACCCCUCCCCAAGCCUUCUUUUUAUACCUAAUUCCACACCAAAAUAAUUCUUCGCGCUUACAUUGCCAUAUUAUUCGCGUAUGCAACUACCUAGGUACCCACCUACUACGAACGUAUUUAAUUUUAUUUCACACACAGCUACAUUGCCUCACUCUAUAUCUUUUGGCCGUGUUGUUCAUCUUUCCUCCUCUACCAUGGUUCUUUUCUAUCCCUCACUGUGUUCGCAUAUAUUGUAUGUGGAGUGCCAUCCCUUCAUUUUUCUGUAUUGGUAGGUAAUCUUUAAUCUUUAUGCUUACUGAGUGAGACAUCUAUGCUAUAUUUCUUAGAGUUGUACGUAUGUUGGUGUGGUGCGAGUAGUAUGACUUGUGGAUGGUUAAUGGUUGUACCCAUGCUUGGCAAAGAUACGUCUAUAUAAAUAUAUAUAUCUAUAGUAGAAGAAAAUCGUCUCGGCGAUGGUAU